AUGGGUGGCAACUGCAGCACCGGCGCUGGAAUCACCACCUCCACAACCACCACCCACUCCGAUCUUCCCAACCAAAAAGCCCCCACAAUCCUCCCUCAAAACGCCAAUCCCUCACCACCCCAACCUCCCUUAUCCUCCUCCCUCGGCCGCAUCCUCGGCCGUCCCAUGGAAGACGUCCGCUCCAUCUUCAUCUUCGGCCGUGAACUCGGCCGUGGCCAAUUCGGCGUUACUUAUUUGGUAACCCACAAAGUCACCAAGGAACAAUUCGCUUGCAAAUCAAUCGCUACACGCAAACUCAUAAACCGUGACGAUAUCGAUGAUGUUCGCCGUGAGGUUCAGAUCAUGCAUCAUCUUACCGGCCACCGUAACAUUGUUGAGCUUAAAGGUGCUUAUGAGGAUCGACACUCUGUUAACCUUGUAAUGGAGGUUUGUGCUGGCGGUGAGCUUUUUGACCGGAUAAUUAUCAAGGGACAUUACUCCGAACGCGCCGCGGCUAAUAUUUGCCGACAGAUUGUUACGGUGGUUCAUAACUGUCACACUAUGGGAGUCAUGCAUAGAGACUUGAAGCCUGAGAAUUUCUUGUUCCUUGGUAAAGAUGAGAACUCGCCUCUUAAGGCUACUGAUUUUGGUCUCUCAGUGUUUUUCAAACCAGGAGAUGUGUUCAAAGAUCUUGUUGGGAGUGCCUAUUACGUUGCCCCGGAAGUGCUGCGUAGAUGUUACGGUCCUGAAGCUGAUAUUUGGAGUGCCGGAAUUAUAUUAUACAUUCUGCUUUCUGGUGUCCCCCCUUUCUGGGCAGAAAAUGAACAGGGUAUCUUUGAUGCUAUUCUUCGUGGACAUAUUGAUUUUGCGUCGGAUCCUUGGCCUUCUAUAUCAAGUAGCGCCAAAGAUCUAGUCAAGAAGAUGCUACGAGAUGACACCAAAGAACGACUUUCAGCAGUUGAAGUGCUCAAUCAUCCUUGGAUGAGAGUAGACGGAGACGCAUCCGACAAGCCUCUUGAUAUUGCCGUUUUAAGCCGAAUGAAACAAUUCCGGGCAAUGAACAAGCUAAAGAAAGUAGCUCUGAAGGUUAUCGCCGAGAAUCUUUCUGAAGAAGAAAUUAUCGGCUUGAAGGAAAUGUUCAAAUCCAUGGAUACAGACAACAGCGGAACAAUCACUUUUGAAGAGUUGAAAGCCGGCCUCCCUAAACUCGGUAGUAAAAUGUCCGAGUCUGAAGUAAGGCAGUUGAUGGAAGCGGCUGAUGUGGACGGCAACGGAACCAUUGAUUAUAUUGAAUUUAUAACCGCAACAAUGCAUAUGAAUAGAAUGGAAAGAGAGGAUCACUUAUAUAAAGCUUUUGAAUAUUUCGACCAAGAUAAGAGCGGGUACAUCACAAAAGAAGAAUUGGAAUCUGCACUUAAGAAGUAUAAUAUGGGUGAUGAGAAUACAAUAAAGGAGAUCAUUGCCGAGGUCGAUACAGACAAUGAUGCAAGGAUUAACUAUGAUGAGUUUGUAGCCAUGAUGAGGAAAGGCAACCCGGAUAUAAUAACCCAAAGACGUCGCAAAUAA